CAAAACGGACCGGGCAAAACGGACCAGCUGUACCGUUUUGCCUUCUAUGGUCCAUUGUGCCUUCUAGAUUGUGCCUUGUGAUUGCCUUAUUAGAAAAACCGGUGGCGAGUGGUGGAAGGUUAUAUGGUCUCUUGUUUUACUUUUACUGAAAAUCUGCUUUAUUUUUUCAGAUGGUUAGCAACUAUAAAAGAAAAACGAAUCGACAGAGCUGGUCCAGCGAAUCGAUGAAGAAUGCCGUUGAAGCCGUGUAUAAAAAGGUCAUGGGGCUAAGAAAAGCAUCAGAAAUGUUUAACGUUCCAAAAACCACAUUAAAGCGGAAGGUCGACAUGUAUACGAGAUCUCAGAACCUCGACGGUGCGAUUUCGAAGAAAAUGGGUAGAUUUGAACCUAUAUUUAGCAAAGACCAAGAAAAGGAGUUGGGUGACUAUGUCAAAAACAUGGAAUCACGCUUUUUUGGGUUAACGACCAAAGACUUACGGUCCUUGGCUUAUGAUCUCGCCGAAGCAAAUAAGAUUCCGCACAAUUUUGAUACCACAACUAAAAUGGCUGGAAGAUAUUGGUUAGAAAAUUUUUUGGCUAGAAAUUCUGAUCUGAGCCUACGGAGACCAGAGGCUACUUCUGCAGCCAGGGCUAGUGGCUUCAAUCCAACGGCAGUAAAGCAGUUCUUCACUUUACUAAUAGAAGUUAUAGAUAAAUAUCAGCUCAAACCCGAAAAUAUAUUCAACGUCGAUGAAACCGGUAUUACGACGGUUCCUAAAAGUUUGCCAAAAAUUAUAGGCAAAAAAGGAAAAAAGCAAGUUGGAUUGUUAACCUCUGCGGAAAGGGGCCAGCUGGUCACUACUGUUUUUUGUUUUGGUGCCGAUGGAUCUUACAUGCCCCCAAUGUUUGUGUUUCCACGAAAACGGAUGAAACCAGAACUAAUGAAUAAUGCACCCAGAGGCUCUUUUGCCGAGUGUCAUGAAAGUGGCUGGAUUCAAAAAGACAUUUUUACCAAAUGGUUCGAGAAGUUUGUAAGAUUCUCAAGAGCUACCAAGGAUAACCCAGUUUUACUGCUCCUAGAUGGACAUGCGAGCCACACGAAAAACUUGGAUCUCAUACGUUUAGCUCGUGAUAAUGGUGUGCACAUACUAUCAUUUCCUCCCCACUGCACACAUAGAUUGCAGCCCCUUGAUGUGGCUUUCAUGAAGCCAUUGUCUGCAUAUUAUUCAGAUGCUGCAAAACAAUGGUUACGAUCUAAUCCUGGCAGAACCAUAACGCAAUUUCAAAUUGCAGAAUUGGUGGGUGAGGCAUUUGUAAAAGCCGCCACUCUCCCCACUGCUUACAACGCAUUUCGAGCAACUGGGAUAUGGCCACCAGAUCCAAAUAUUUUCACAGAAGCGGACUUCUUAGCAGCAGAUACCACCAACAUUGAUCAAUCAACUGAUGAUCCACCAAGUUUGCCACCAGAUUUUGCCGAAACCAGUAGUCAUACCCAGCCAGGUUGUUCGAAGUAUUUGCCUGGUAAAGAACCAACAUCAAUUUUAGUUCAAAAUGAGAGCGACGAUUCUGAUGAAGAUGUUCCACUGGCACAAAUUGCUAUGCGUAAAUCGUCAACAAAUUUAAUUCGAAAUGAGGGUGAUUCUGAUGAAGAUGACCUAGUGGCAGCAGAAACCAUUAAUGAUCGUCCGUUAAGUUUGUUGUCGGCUAAUACCGAAACCAAUGCCACUAAAGUCGAUCCUCAGCCAUCUCGGACUGGUAAUUUAAUUCAAUCAAUAGACUCCUUAAAUAAAAAUAGCUUUUUGGUAUCACCUGAACUAAUUUUGCCCGUACCACGGACAAAACAAAUUAAGAGAACUACACGGAAGAGAGGUAAAACCACAAUUAUUACUUCGUCGCCAUACCAAAAAGAGCUGGAAACCGCACAAGUUAAUGCAAAUCAAGUUAAAAGGAAAGUUACUUUUGGUGAUUCUGCUGGGGUGAAGAAUAAAAAGAAAGUAAGAAAGGAUGCAAAGAAGGAAGUAGCAAAAGAAGUAUCGGAGUCAAAACGUCACGUACAGAUAUCAUCUGAUGAGGACAAAGAUGCGCAGUGUUUGUACUGCCAAUAUUUUUAUUCUGAAUCUACAGAAAGUUGGAUUCGGUGUUCAGUUUGUGAAUUAUGGGCACACUAUUCAUGCGCUGGUAUAGACAGUACUGACAUUGAAACUGAUUUUGUGUGCGAAAACUGUCAGUAAUAUUUAUUGUUCUGUUUAUUUAUUUUUAAAUGUUUAAUUCGCCUAUAACCCUUUAUUUUGUUAUUAUAUAAUAUAUUUUUCACCUUGGUCCAUUUUGCCUGCUACAAUGUACCAUUUUGCCUUCUAGUGCAGGCAAAACGGCCCAUUACAGUUGUUUUUUGUUAUUGUUUUUUUUAACUAGUCUUAGUUAUU